AUGGACAACACCAACAACAUCCCGCUGCAGACCGUAGUCAGUCACACGCCUUCGCAUCCCUCGCCGACGUCCGACAACAAUGAGAAAUCAGAGAAGACGGGCAUGUUCCAUAGGGGACGCAGACGAGUUGCCAAGGUCGAUUCGAGGACCGGCGCGCCAUUGCCUCCCCGCGGCGACCAGCCUGAGAAGACGGCGCUCAACCGCAUGGGCAGGGUUUACACCAAGAUUCUGAACUUCAGCAUUGUCACGCGCUACAUGAUCUACGUCGCGCCCAUUGCGCUCCUCCUGGCUAUUCCAAUCAUUCUGUCCCAGACCGGGACGAUUACGACUUCAAUUGGCGAUACAGAGCAGAAAUUAUUCUGGAUAUGGAUCGAGAUCAGUGAUUUCUGGGCCAUGAAGAUCGUCGCCCACUUCCUCCCCAACAUCUUCGAGUUCCUCAUUGGUGUAGUCAGCCCCGGUGUCCGCAAAUACGCUCUGCUCUUGCGAGCCAUCGAGAAGCCGUUGUCCUUUGUCCUUUGGAUGAUUGUCAACCAGGCUACCUUUCCCGCACUCGUCCGACCCGUUGCCGGUAAAGCAAGACCAGGAUGGAUCAGUGUGAUGCAGUCGGUUCUUCUGGGUCUGCUGGUAUCGACCGUCAUUAUCCUUGCCGAACGCGUUCUGAUCCAGUUGAUCAGUAUCAGCUACCACCGCAAGCAGUUCGAUGGAAAGAUCAAGGAGUCGAAGCGUAAUAUCUACCUACUCGGCGUCCUGUAUGACACCUCGCGAGCGCUCUUCCCAGCCUACUGUAACGAAUUCGCCGAGGAGGACUACACCAUCCAGGAUACAAUCUUAGAUCUUGGGCUCGGUAGCAAGGGCCGCGGAACAGCGAACCAUGGCCGCUCGGGCAGCCGCACACCUCUCCAUCUCAUCCGCGAGGUUGGCCGAGAUGCUGGCCGCAUUGGAGACAAGAUCACAUCCAUGUUCGGUACCAUCGCCUCUGAGAUUACUGGCAAGAAGGUCUUUGACCCCAACUCUGCACACUCGGUUGUCUUGACUGCGCUUGAGAGGAACAAGUCGUCCGAAGCUCUCGCUCGUCGCAUUUGGAUGUCAUUCGUGGUAGAGGGCAAGAACGAGCUUACUAUGGACGACUUCGUCGAAGUCAUGGGCCCUGCUCGACAGGAGGAGGCUGAAGAGUGUUUCAUGUCGCUUGACCGCGAUGGAAACGGCGAUAUCAGUCUCGACGAAAUGAUCCUCACGGUGACCGACUACUCACGCCAGCGCAAAUCUCUUAACAGCAGUAUGCACGACGUGGACCAGGCCAUCAACGCCCUUGACGGUCUCCUGAUCACCAUUGCGCUCAUCAUCUGUAUCUUCGUCAUCAUCGCUUUCCUUGCUCCAGGCUUCCGUGCUACCUUGACCACCUCGGCCACCGCCCUGCUUUCGCUGUCCUUUGUUUUCGCCACUACUGCCCAGGAAAUUCUCGGUUCUUGCAUCUUCUUGUUUGUUAAGCACCCUUACGAUAUCGGAGACCGUGUCGACAUCACCAACGAGCAGCUCACGGUUGAGCACAUCGCGCUUCUGUACUCGGUGUUCAAGCGCGUGACCAAUGGCAAGACGGUACAGAUUCCCAAUAUCGUGCUUAACAGCUUGUGGGUUGAGAAUAUCACGCGAAGCAAGGCUAUGCGCGAGCAAGUCUCUGUCUUUUGCUCUUUCGACACUUCGUUCGAAGAUAUCAACGCUCUGAAGCAGGAAAUGAUUGCAUUCGUUAAGGAUCCUGCCAAUAGCCGCGAUUUCCAUUCUCACAUCGAGAUCGAGGUGGCCAGCAUUGCGGAGAUGAACAAGCUUGAGUUGCGGGUGGAAGUCCUGCACAAGAGCAAUUGGUCCAACGAAACCCUCCGUACUGCACGCCGCUCCAAGUUCAUGUGUGCAUUGGUCCUGGCACUUCGCAAGGUACCCAUCGCUGGUCCUGCUGGUGCAGACGCUGCUCUGGGGUCGGCUGACAAGCCAACCUGGUCUGUCGCUAUUCCUCCAACUGAUGCUGUAGCCGCGUACAAGAAAUUCAAAGACGAGGCAGACGCUAAGCGCUUGUACCCUCUCAACAAGCCAGACGACGACAAUGACAAGGGCAAGUCCACUAGCACCGACUACCUAGCCAGUCCUGUCGGAGAAGGACAAGCCGUAAACCUUUUGACCAGCCGACGACCAGGACUUGACCCCAUCCGCGACGAUACCUGGAAUGCCCGCGACGAUGCCAGUACCAUUGGCCGUCCCAGCAUGGACGCGCGCCCAGACCUCGACGAAGUCCGCGGUCUUCUCCACAAGGCCAGCAGCGCAGGCAAGCGUAAAGGUGGCACCACACUUUCGCCAAAUACGGCCCGCUUCUCCAACGACCUGGGUCGACAACAGAGCAUAUCGCGCCAGAUGAGCAACAUGCCGCCGCUUCCUUCCCCUGCAGUAGCAUCGCCAUACGCGCAACCACCCGGUCAACCACGCAACAUGCCGCCCGCAUCGCCAGCCUCCAUCUCAACAGGCCACUACGAGGACGUGCAGUUCCAAACUAUGAUCCCACCGCCCCGCUCGAAUAGUCGUCCGCGCGCGCCGGCUGUGACUGAGGAACAGGACGAGGGCGAGAGGAGGUGGGACCCGAACGCGGCUUUGUCACCGUCUACUAGCACCAACCCUUACCGCAGUCCCGCAACGUAUAAGCGCGAGUAAGGAAGUCAGCAAAUGUGUAAUGUCUUUCAUGUUUUAGUUUUAUUAGACUGAGGAGAACUUAGCGUGCAUGGCGAUUGUCUAUAGCUAUAACGAUGCUCACUUUGGCGUUGGGAAACAAAAUUUGUGUUAGUGCAAAUCGAUCAAUGAAUCAUA